GCACGAGAAGGAUCCCAAAGCAUCAUCCCCUUCCGACCGCCCACGCACGCGAGAGGGGGGAGAAAGUGCUUUGUCAAUGAGGAGACUCACAACGCUGGGAGCGGCAGAGACAGUAACAAAGUUUUCUAAAUAUCCCUCUCGGAUUACUGCAUUUUAGUCAUCGACCGUGGGAUUGUAACAGUAUAGCAAGCGUUUCGUCGCAGGAGAAGGUGGUUGAAGACCAGGAACCUCAACCCCCGUCCAUGCAUUUCAACUUUGACUUAUCGUUUUGGGGAAGUUGAAAGCCAUGGUGUUAAGAUUUUCCUUUCCUGUGGUCACUGUCUGGGUCUCAGUGUCCCUGGUGGUGCUGCAGGUCAGAGGUGAAUCCUGCCUCAUCAUUAGCGAGAUCAACGCUGACAACCCCAAACUGGACACCACUGAGUUUGUAGAGCUGUACCACACCAGUGGCCAGAGGGCUUCCCUGAACGGUUACACCCUGGUGUUCUACAACGGCAAUGGAAACGUGGCCUACAAGGUUCUGGACCUGAAGGGCCAUUCCACCGACGACCGUGGCUUCUUCCUGGUGGGUUCGGUGGACAUGCUGCCCAAACCGGCCAUCCUCCUCCCGCCCAACACGGUCCAGAACGGCCCGGACGCCAUCGCUCUCUACCACACGUCGGCCGCCCGCUACAGCGAGAAGAUGAACGUCACGGCCGUGGGCUUGGUGGACGCGGCCGUCUACACGUCGUGGCGGUCCGGAGGAUCUCCGAAGGUCCUCGCGGACAUCCUCACCCCCGGGAAGGAGGCCUUUGUGGAGGAUGAAGGCUUCUACGAGGGGGACGAGUCCCUUGAGAGGUGUCUCCUGUCUUGGGACCACUGGGGCUUCCGGAUGGCGGCGCCUUCUCCCGGCCAGCGCAACAACUGUUCAACUUUAGGGUACCCCGCUGACACCUCAGUCAUCAACGAGCUGAAGCUGGGAGGCGGUCAGGUGGACGGGUACGUGGAGAUAAAAAUGCUGUCUUCUGCUUCUUUGGCGCUGGUGGUACUGGACGGGAGGACGGACAGAGUCAGCAUGAGUGUGGAUGUAGACGUCUCCAGAAAGGGCAUAGUCACCGUCGUCGUAGGAAAGAACAACAUGAAAGGAGAUGACUCGGGAGCGGUGGCGUUGUACUGGGGCAGCGCGGCAGACUUCCCCGCGGGCAGCGCCCUGAGCAGGACCGAGGUCCCCCUGGACGCCUUCGUGUUCGCUGGGCCCGGCAGCCCGCCCAGUGACGACCUUGUAAAGACCCUGGUGCCAGACACAGAGCCGUACCAGCUCAGCAGCAGGUUCAGAGAGGGCGGCUUCCCCCUGAGCCGCUGUGGGACGGCCAGUGGGACGAGGAACCCAGGGCUGUUCUGGGAGGCUCCGCCCACACCAGGACAGCCCAACCAGUGUCCCUGGCCCAAGAUCUGCCCUCACGACCCGGUGGUGCCUGUGGGUACAGACAUGCCUCCUGAGCUCCCCCCAUGGGCGCGUCAGGACUUCCUCAUCAGCGAGGUGAACAGCGACACCCCUGGUUCAGCCGAGGACAGCGAGUUCGUGGAGCUGUUCCAUCCGUCCGCCCGCCGCGCCUCGCUGGACGGCCUCUGGCUCCUGCUGUUCAGCGGCCACAACAGCAAGCCCUACCGCGAGAUAAGCCUGAGUGGAUACUACACCAACGCCCACGGCUUCUUCCUGGUGGGCAGCGACAAGAUGGUGCCCGCCCCCUCGGUCCACCUCCCGCCCAACACCAUCCAGAACGGCCCGGACGCUGUGGCGCUCUACCGCAGCCCUUACAGCCCGCCCUCGGCCGGCCAGACGGGGAUCCCGACCCGGGGUCUGCUGGACGCCGUGGUGUACCGCCUGAGGGGCUCGGACAAGGAGUGUCAGGAGCUGAGCGACGCGCUCACGCCGGAACAGCUCCCCCUGCUGGAGGACCCAGAGGCGCUGGCGGGAGACGAGGGGCUGAGUCGCUGUGGCAGCCUGCAGCCUGCAGACCUGUCCGCCUUCACGGUGGCCGUGCCCACCCCUCUCAAGGACAACGCCUGUCCGAUCCCACCCCCCCCUCCAGAGGGUCUGGUCAUCAGCGAGGUGGCCAGCGCCCGCUGGACCAACCACAGCCAGCAGAGGGCGUUUGUGGAGCUGUUCGGACCGCCCCUGACCGCUCUGAAGGGUUUAUACCUGACCGUGUUUGAACAGGACCACACCUGGACAGUGAUGGCCCUCCCUCUGACACGGUUCACCAACCUCGACGGGUUUUACCUCGUUGGAAAUGUCACCGGAGCAGACCAGGCCUUCCCUGACGGGGCCACAGUGCCGGUGCGCGGGGCGGUGGUCCUGUGUUAUGGCUCUCUCAGCGUGUGCAGAGCCGGCACCUCCCUGUCCAACAGCAGCCUGCGAGACACGCUGGUGUUCAGCGACAGCCCGCCGCUGCUCUCCACCGUUUCCGCCAGCUGGGGGCAGCAGGUGAUGCCUGCUCUCAGGUCCGUAGAGGACGGUCCCGUCUCCCUCAGUCGUUGUUCGUGUUGUGAUGUCAGAAGCGCCUUCUCCUGGACAAGCUCCUCCCCCACCCCCCACCUGACCAACCUCUGUCCUAGCCCCGCCUACUCCAGUGCCAUUGACCUAUGCCUGGGGCCUCUCAGCAGUGAUUGGCAGGAGCAUUCAGGAAACUGCAGUGGGUUGAUACAGGGCAGCAGAGUCAUGGAGGUGGCGGGCUAUCUGGAGCAGCGAUGUCACUGUGGCAUCUCUGCUCUUUAUCUGCAGGGGGCUAACUUUUCAUGUGUGGAUGGCUGGUUGCGGGUGCGAGGGAACAUCCAGGCCCUGUCAACCCACCAGAGGGCGCUCAUCCUCCAGAUGUCCCAUACACAGCCCUCCCCUCUACAGGGGGACGUCUGCUCCUCCCCUGCCACUGGGCGCCACAUGAGCCCAGAGUCUGCCCUGGGUCUGCAGAUAGGGCUGGUGGCUGGAGUACUGCUUCUGUUGGGGCUUGGAGCAGCACUUUUUACAUACCUCUAUAGGAGGAGGCGUCCUCUGGACUAUUACUCCAUGGAGCUGAAUGAACAUGGAGACGGACUGUCUGAACUGUAACCUAGACAUCCUGUUGGGUGAACCUUGUUCAUGUGUGGGAGGUGGAACAGGGGAAGAAAGGUUUGAGAGAAGUGUGUGUGUGUGUGGGGAAGGGGGGGGGUG